AUGGAUAAGAUGUUGUUUUCUGGAGUGAUAAUCAUGGUCCCAUAAAUAUUUCGGGUGUUAUCUGACUUAUCUGUGGACAAUUUCAAUUAUCUCGAAAUGGUCCUUUAUUUUACAAGAUACAGGUAAUUCGUUUGUUGAAACGCUCAUAGAGUCGCGAGAUUUUCUAGUUUGAUCUCAAGAUUUGCAACGGAUAAAUAUAUGUAUAUGAUCUGAUUGUUGUGGAAAAAUUUCGAGUAGAAGUGAAAUUUUCAUUUGCGGGCUAGAAGUGAGAUCAGAUGUUCGGUGUUCUGUGAAAUUUUCCAAGAUCAGCUUCAGUGGUUUAAAUUAAUCAAAUUACAUCUAGUUGCUAUUUGAAUCUGAGUUUCAUGUGAUGUGGUAAAAUAACAAAGGAAGUGUAAAAGUGCCGAGAUUUAUAUAAAGUUCCUGAAUUUCACGAAUUGGAAGUUAUCGCAGUUUUCACAAUCUAACGUUUCACCAUGGACCCGAACGAAGAACCACAAGAAAUCGACCACUGCAAUGAAAUCAUGGCGAAAAUAGGCUAUGACGGCUUCUUCCAAAAGAUGUUCAAAAUAAUUUAUGUUUGUGGAUUAACAAUAUUCUCAGCCAUGUUGUAUAUGAACAUUAUCCUAGCGCUUAGUAUACCGAACCAUUGGUGCCACGUUCCUGGCCGCGAAAGAACAAAUCUCACGAUGCAAGAGUGGAAACAAAUUACUCUUCCCAAGGAAGAAAACAAUAAAGGUGAAAAGACAUUUAGCUUGUGUUCGAUGUAUGACUUAAAUUAUACGGAUAUUCAGUAUUGGGAUUAUGAGACAUGGAAUUACAGUGAUGUCCCAGUAACGACUUGCAAACAUGGAUAUGACUACGACCGGGAGUGGUUUCUCAGCACAAUUGUCACACAAGAGGAUUGGGUUUGUGAAAAGGAUCUCUACGUAACUCAUGCCUUCACAGUGGGACGAAUUGGCGAAGUUGUCGGGACUUUUAUCUUUGGACAGCUUGGCGACACGAUAGGGCGUAAAGCUGUCUUCUACAUAACUGCAGUCCUGUCCGUAGUUGGCCGGGUGGUUUCAAUCCUUUCAACUUCAUCAUUCAUCUUAUUCGCAAUAGCAGCAAUAGCAACAUCACUGGCGGUGAAUUCUAUUUUUCAAUCACCACUUGUUAUCGCAAUGGAAAUUUCUCAAGAGGACGAUCGGGCCAAUAUUGCAAUGGUACAAAAUUUAGGAUGGUCUAUCGGUGCCUGCUCAAUGCCACUCAUCUACUGGUACUUCCGUGAAUGGAUGCCUUUUAUGUGGAUUUCAUCAAUUCCCGUGGGGUUGUUUUUGUUAUUCAAAAGGUUUAUGGUGGAAUCUCCACGUUGGCUAAUUAGCAGGAGACGUUUCAAGGAUGCAAUUAAACAGUUUCGUAUCAUAGCCCGAAUCAAUCGAAAGGAAUUCCACAUGACGGAGCAAGAGUUGGCUGAAAUGUAUUCAUCGAUGAAGGAAGAACAAAUUUACGGAAUGAUGUCCUUAUUCAGCGGAUGGAGGAUAGCAAGGAAUGCUCUCAUAAUGGCGCUAAACUGGUGUGUGGUGGUGGUCAGUUAUUUCACUUUGUUGCUAUAUUGUUCCAGCAUGUCGGGAAAUCCGUUUUUGAAUUUUCUGCUGCAAACCGUCGUUGAAGUGCCUUCAAACUUCAUUGGAACCUAUUUCAGUAAUAGAAUCGGCCGACGGUUCACCAGCUGUUUCUCCUAUUUAGUUGCAGCCGUUUUCUGCUUGCCCCUGAUUAUAUUAGCAAAACGACCGAAUAUGGAAACUGUAGUUCUUAGUUUAGCAAUGUCACUCAAGUUCCUCAACGGUAUAACUUUCCUGUCUAUGAAUUUACAAGCGAUGGAAACCUACCCGACAUGUUUGCGGCAAUCAGGUCUUGCCCUGGGUGCAAUUGCGGGAAAUUCGAUCGGUGUUGUAUCACCGUUUGUUGUGUACUUAGGAAGUACUUACGAUAUUCGCUACCCUUUCUAUAUUCUCUUGACUAUAUACAUUGUUGGAGCAUCGACGGUGCUCUUCCUGCCAGAAACUUUGCACCAUAAAUUGCCAGAUUCAUUGAAAGAGGCGCAAGUAUUCGGGAAGGGACAGAAAUUUUGGAGAAUUCCACGACCGACGGCGGAUCAUUUGCCAGAAAUGGAAAAAAUGAAUACGAAAAAAUUCGCUCCGUAAUCAAAAAGAAUCUUUGGAAAAACGGAUAAUUUACUUCAAACUUUAUGCUGUUUGAAGAAUAAGGAGAAUUCCCGCUGGACAGAGUUCAGCUAAUAUUAAUGAAGUUCAACUUUCAUAAAGUUAACUUCUAAUCUCAUUUUAAGUUUCGAAAUUUGAAUGUAAUUUUAAUGAAUAAAGCCAGUGGUGAUUCCAGCGUAGUUACGCGCCAUUUUAUAAGAAUUCGACUAAGGUGUUAUAUAGUACUGUUCUCGUUAAAUAAAUACUAAAAUCUGUUUAAA